AGCAUAAAGUGGAAUAAUUGAGAGUUCUUGUUUUUAGCUUUGUGGGAUUCCUAUUCUCUCCAUAAGUGACUUGAAGAAACCAUGAAAUAAGCAUCCAAAGCCUGCUUGAUUCCUCCUUUUUCUAUUAACUUCGGAGGUUUGAGUCCCAAGGAGCUGCAUAAACAGAAGGUUGGGGACAUUUUUGAAAGCCAUAUAGAAUGAAUGAUUGGGCUGCUCCCCUCAUAGCUGCAGCGUUGUUUGCAUUUCUGUCACCAGGGUUAGUCCUGCAAAUCCCUGGGAAGAAUCAACCCAUUGAUUUUAUGAACAUGAAGACCAGUGUGGCAGCCAUAUUUGUGCAUGCAGUUCUCUAUGCUUUGUUCCUGAUCCUGUUUCUUGUCGUUCUUCAUAUCCACCUCUAUGUCUAAGAACAAAAGGGUGGCUCAAGAAGCUGUGCCAGGCACUCUCUCUACUUGACAGGAUCAGAUUUUCAUUUUGUAGUGUCUUGUUUCUUAGUUCUAAUUUCCUGUAUGAUCCCAUGAAAAUCUUGCAGUCACCGAUGAAACAAAAGAAAUCGGUAGGGUUCGUUAGCUUUUGUAGUUUUGUUGGAAGUAGUGAAUUUUUAAGAAGAAAUGAAACACUUUGCUAUGAUCAGUGCAGUUAUCUGAGCAGAUGUUCUCUGUUAACAACAUUUCUUUCAUUCUGAACUUGCUAAGAAUGACAGGAGAUAACCAGGAGCCGGUGAUAAAA